AAAUAUAUUUAAUUUUUGUGACAAAUAGCAAUUGAUCAUUGUUGAUCACUGCUACCUAGCAGUGCAUUAUACAUUAAGAUAUGACAAGUGUUAAAGUGAUUUCAACAAGCACAAUCCAUGUAGCAAACAAGGAUUCAACGGUGGAGGAGGAGAUUCAGUUAACUCCAUGGGAUCUCCAAUUCCUCCUAUUUGAUCCCAUUCAAAAAGGUCUUCUCUUCUGGAACAACCCCAUCACUACUCCACCAAUCAUAAUCCAACGCCUCAAACAUUCCCUUUCGUCCACCCUUUCUUUCUUCCCACUCCUCGCGGGCCGCCUUUCCGUUACGGAACACGAUGACAACACUUCCUCCGUUUCCGUUAUUUGCAACAACUCCGGAGCGCUGUUUGUCCAUGCCGUUGCGGAUAAAUACUCCGUUAAUGAUAUCGUUAGUUCCGUUUACACUCCACGCUUUGUGCACUCUUUGUUCCCGCUCAACCGGGUUAGAAACCACGAAGGAAUAACCAAGCCGUUGUUGGCGGUUCAAGUCACCGAGCUCAACGACGGUUUCUUCGUUGGGUGCGCCAUGAACCACGUUGUUGGAGACGGAUCUUCCUUUUGGCAUUUCAUGAACUCUUGGGCCGAGAUCUCACGUGGUUCGGAAGAAUUGUCCAAGCCUCCCGUGCUUGAACGCUGGUUCCUUGACAGCUCCGCCUCUGCCAUACGCGUUCCUUUGACGAAGGAGAAGAUGAUCCAAAGUGGUUACGACGGUUUCGUCCCAGAACCUCAAUGCGAGAGGGUUUUCCAUUUCAGCAAAGACAAGAUCGCUGAACUCAAGGCAAAAGCCAACGCAGAAAUUGAAGGCGAAAGCAAAAACAAAAUAUCUUCGCUGCAAGCGCUUUUGACUCACCUGUGGAGAUCCGUGGUUGGGAGCCAGGGUCUUGAGCCCGAAGAAGAAGUGAAUUACAGCUUGACGAUGGGUGGCAGGGGGAGAAUGAAGAGUCCGGGAGUGGCGGAAAACUAUUUUGGGAAUGCGGUGCAGGUUGGAAUAGUGGGCAUGAAGGUUAAAGAGCUUCUAGAAGGAGGGCUUGGAAAGGGUGCGUUGGAGUUGAACAAGAUAGUUGGUUUGCACACGGAGGAGAAGAUGAAGAGCUACUAUAGGGGUUGGGCGGAGAACCCUAGGCUUCUGACGAUGCGAGGUUUGGGGGGAAACAAUACUUUAGUGACAAGCAGUUCGCCGAGGUUUGAUGUUUAUGGGAAUGAUUUUGGGUGGGGGAAACCGGUGGCAGUGAGGAGCGGAGCCGGGAACAAGAUCCAUGGCACCAUAACGGUUUAUGCUGGGGCGGAAGAUGGUGUUGACUUUGAAGUUUGUCUUUCAUAUGAGACAUUGGAGGCUAUGGGUAAUAACCCUGGCUUCAUGGACGCCUUCUCCGCCGCCUACUAAUAACAAACUUUUUCUAUCAAAUUAGAGUCCUUGUGUUAUGUUUAAGUGUUUAACUUAUUAGCUUGUCACUCAUCCACCACCUCAUUGUUGAUGAAUAAAGUAUAAGGUCGUGAGUAAUAUCUAGAUGUAAUUAGUAACAAAAUAAGUGUUUUCCUAUUCCUUAUUGAA